AUGCCUGAGUGGUGGAUGAGAGAGCGCCGCAGUGUUGACUGGGUGUAUGGGCUAGAAGCUCCCUUAUUCACAGAAGAGGCGUGGGCAAUCCUCGAGUUUUGUGAGUGGGAAAUUGCGUUUAUCCAGGCCGUGCACCGGUCGGUGACCUGGCAAGUGGAGUUACUGGGAGCUCGAUAUGCGGAGAUGUUGCACGAGGAACGACAUCAGUGGAGUCGGGAACGGGCCGUGAAGCGAGAGGCGGCUGAACAGGGAGUGCAGAAGUAA